AUGGGAUGGGGCGGGGAUCCCCGAUAUGCCAAAUCGACCAAGGACAUAAGUCAAAUGACUCCAGUAGAUGACCGUCUGAUCACUGUCCGCUUCAAUGCCAACAAGGCUUCCAAUAUUGCCUGGAAAUUUGCUCCCAAACAAGAGUCAAUCAAAAUUCGGCCAGGAGAGACUGCCCUUGCCUUUUUCUCUGCGACUAACCCGACAGACAAGACGGUGUGUGGAAUAUCAACAUAUAAUGUAACUCCAGGGUCGGCUGGAUUCUAUUUUAACAAAAUUCAGUGUUUCUGUUUUGAAGAACAAUUUCUCAACCCGCAUGAACAGGUGGAUUUACCCGUGUUCUUCUACAUUGAUCCAGAUUACGUAAAAAAUCCGAGUUUAUUAAAUGUGAACGAAAUUAUGCUGAGUUAUACAUUCUAUGAGGCCAAGGAGAGCUUCAAUCUUCCCCUUCCAGAUUUUCUCACUCAAGAUCCUCCUAAACAUUAA